AUGGCGGACACUGCUGGCUAUCAUCCCGACACCAAGUUGGACCCUCGCCACAUCGUCCACACGAACAAGCGAAAGCGCGAUACUCGCGAUCAAGGCCUUAAUCGACCUGCACCCCACUCCUCGAACAACGAUUUGACGGAUCAAGCGACUGCCUCUUUCUUAGCUGCGCACAACGCCGCCGACGACGACAUGCAGCAACAUUUCGACGUGCACCAGAACGGUGGUGCCAACACGGCUAGUGUUGGCGAUACGGCUGCCGCAGCUCUCGCCUACCACCAGAUGACAGUACCUCAAGCAACGGAACUACAAUUCCAGACGCAAGGCUCCGGCGACGGCUCUUUCAGCAUGGGAGAUCAACACCAGCAACAGACUGGCAUGCAGGACUUCAGCCUCGAAGCUUUGAAGGCUGCCACACAGACAGGCCGUCCAGGUCAAGCAGCGGCCAGCGACUCGCCACCACAGAGCGCCUCUCAUAAACCCCCGGUCGGCUCAGAUGAAUGGCAUAAGGUCCGGAGAGACAAUCACAAAGAAGUUGAGCGCCGCCGCCGUGAAACUAUCAACGAGGGCAUCAAUGAACUAGCCAAGAUUGUUCCAGGCUGCGAAAAGAACAAGGGCUCAAUUCUCCAACGCGCUGUUCAAUUCAUCACCCAGUUAAAGGAAAACGAACAGCAAAACAUUGAGAAAUGGACGCUCGAGAAGCUACUGACGGAGCAGGCUAUUACCGAACUCAGCGCUAGCUGCGAUAAGUUCAAAGCCGAAUGCCAAAGAGCCUGGGACGAGUGCCAGAUCUACAAACGCGCAUGCGAAAACAACGGCAUUCUACCAGACGAGAUCAAAGAACGUCAAGAGAAUGGCGAGCCAUCUGGUCCAAAUCAGAUAGCGUGA